ACUGCAAAACUGGGUUGGUUUCAAAAGCAGAUCUCUUCGUGUAUUCCACUGCUUACAUAAAAAACCCUAACCUCUAUCCCUUAACCAUUUUCUGUUUUUUUAUUUUUUUUGAAUUUCGUAAUUUUUUUAAGGUUAAAUGAAGAAAGAGAAGGUGCGAUGAUGAUUAUAGAAAUCAAAUCUCGUUAAUCUGAUUCGAAAUAUGAGGAUGAACUCUUUCAUCCAUUCUAAACAUCUUCUGAGCGUCUUCUCUUAUCUUUUUUUCUUUUCGUUUUGUUUUUCUUUUGGUGAGAAUGAAAUCAUUUUUCUUUGUUUUCUUUUAAAAUUUUGAUUUUGGGAUUUGAAUGGAAUUGGAUUAUUUAAGCAUUCUAUAAUAAUACGAUAUUCAGAAAUUAUGAGAACUGAAACUUGUGGGAUCGGUUGAUCCGACGUGCUAUCCUGAGCCCAUUGCCAGGUCUUGGGCUUGAUUGGAUUCUUAAAAAUGCUUAAUGAAAAACCCGACAAAACGAUGGGCUGCGACAAUAUAACAACUCUGUGAGUUAGUUCGUAUGAAUCAAUGAUUUUUGGACACGACACACGCUUCAAAGUUCAAACACGUAAUUUGUUUGGUCUCUGGCGGCGACACCAAACCCUACUAAUCAAAAGUUAGGUCUCGUGUUCCAUCCUAUGUUCCAACUAGCAACACUCCAAAAGAGGAAACGAAACCAAAUUCAGAAACGAAAAAACCUUUAAACCUUUCUUUUUCUGUCUUGAAGGAAUCGUUUUGGAAUCAUUCGACUAAAUGGAGACGGUUGUGGAAGAUGAGGAGUACAAUUUCAGAGAAGUAAUUUUGCCUAGAUUGAUCCCAAUAGUUCCAGAGCCAGGGCUAGAAAGGGAGACAGGGGAGAGAAGGAGAGGCAGAGAUAUAUUAAUAGCCGUUGAUCAUGGUCCCAACAGCAAACACGCCUUUGAUUGGGCACUUGUUCACCUCGUCAGGCUUGCUGAUACCAUCCAUCUUGUCCAUGCUGUUUCCAGCGUAAGAAACGAGAUUGUUUAUGAAACCAGUCAAGGUCUUAUGGAGAAGUUAGCUGUGGAGGCUUUUGAGGUUGCCAUGGUGAGGACUACUGCUCGAAUAGUCGAGGGUGAUGCAGGUAAGGCAAUUUGCAAGGAAGCAGAAAGGUUGAAGCCAGCAGCAGUGGUUAUGGGAACUCGUGGUAGAAGCUUAAUACAAAGUGUUCUUCAAGGAAGUGUAAGUGAGUAUUGCUUCCACAACUGCAAAUCUGCUCCUGUCAUAAUCGUACCUGGGAAAGAAGCUGGAGACGAAUCACUGAUAUAGAGGAAUGAGUUAACAUGAGAAAUUAAUUUGUUUUCUUGUAUGUAAUGAUGGCUUGUUGUUUGUAUGUAUGUAACGACAAUGUUACUGAGGAACCUAGAAAAUUGUCUUAUCUAGUUUUACCAUACAAUUUCUUGUUUGUAAUUUAUUAUUUCGAUUAUGAUUUGCUUGAUUAGCUGAAAUCCUAAUUUAUGUGAAUGACGUGAUUCCAAAUAAACUCAAACUAUGU